CCUGUGCCUGAGUCCCGAGAGCCGGCCGCUUGGCCGGGCCUGAGGAUGGAGGAGCAACGGGCGCUCACGGCUGCCAAGGACGGAGACCUGGCCACCUUGGAGCGGCUGCUAGAGGCUGGCGCCCUGGGCCCAGGCAUCGUCGAUGCCCUGGGGGCCGGCCUGGUGCACCACGCCACCCGGGCCGGCCACCUAGCCUGUGUCAAGUUCCUGGUGCAACGGGCCAAGCUGCCCAGCAACCAACGGGCCCACAACGGGGCGACGCCAGUACAUGACGCUGCUGCCACCGGCAGCCUGGCCGAGCUGUGCUGGCUGGUACGCGAAGGGGGCUGCGGGCUCCAGGACCAAGACACCUCGGGUGUGUCCCCACUGCACCUGGCUGCCCGCUUCUCCCACCCCGUGCUGGUGGAGUGGCUUCUCCGAGAGGGCCACGCGGCCACACUGGAGACGCUGGAGGGGGCCUUGCCGCUGCACCAUGCCUCCGUCAGCGGGGACCUGACCUGCUUGAAGCUCUUGAUGGCUGCCCACAGCAGCAGCGUGAACCGCAGGACGCGCAGCGGCGCCUCCCCACUUUACCUGGCCUGCCAAGAAGGCCACCUGCACCUGGCUCAGUUCCUGGUGAAGGACUGCGGCGCCGACGUGCACCUGCGUGCCUUGGACGGCAUGAGCGCGCUGCACGCUGCCGCAGCCCGCGGCCACUACUCGCUAGUCGUCUGGCUGGUCACCUUCACUGACAUCGGCCUGACAGCUCGUGACAAUGAGGGGGCCACGGCCCUCCACUUUGCAGCCCGGGGCGGUCACACACCCAUCCUCGACCGGCUGCUGCUGAUGGGCGCCCCCAUUAUGAGGGACUCCUGGGGAGGGACCCCCCUGCAUGACGCAGCAGAGAACGGGCAGACGGAGUGCUGCCAGACCCUGGUCUCCCACCACGUGGACCCGUCCCUGCGGGAUGAGGAUGGUUACACGGCGGCAGAUCUGGCGGAGUACCACGGACACCAGGACUGUGCCCGGUACCUGCGGGAGACGGCCCGGCGGGUGCCGCUCCUGAUGACGCCCCCGCCCCCGCCGUUCCCCCCACCUCCGCUGUCAGCUGCCAGGUGCGCCCUGGAGGACGGAAGAGGGGCCUCAGGACUUGGGAGCCCCAGCUCAGUGUCUCUCAGCUCUACCUGGCCUGGCCGGCCUGACCAGCCUCUUCCGAAGGAGCAGAAGACCCACACAGCACCCCCGAGGGUCGCCACCAGCGCCACGGGGGCGGAGACGGCGGCGGGGGACGCCCAGGAGGGCCUGGUUGCGAUGAGGUUGGACGGGUUGCCCUCGGGUGACCUGGACGGGCUGGUGCCCACGCGGGACGAGCGUGGCCGGCCCAUCCCCGAGUGGAAGCGGCAGGUGAUGGUACGAAAGCUGCAGGCUCGCCUGGGAGCAGACCCUGCGCCAGAGGCUCAGGACGACAGCGGGAGCCCGGGCCCCACAGAGCAGGCCGCCUGGCGGUACUCGCAGACCCACCAGGCCAUCCUGGGCCCCUUCGGAGAGCUGCUGACAGAGGAUGACCUGGUGUACCUGGAGAAGCAGAUCGCAGACCUGCAGCUGAGGCGCCGCUGCCAGGAGUACGAGAGCCAGCUGGGCCGGCUGGCAGCCGAGCUGCAGGCCCUGCUGCCCGCACCCCUGGUCAGCAUCACUGUCAACAGCCAAUUCCUGCCCCGGGCGCCUGGCCUGGAGGGUGAGGAGGCCCCCAGCCCGGAGCCCCAGCCCGAGGGCUCCGAGGCGGCUGUGGUGCCCGUGCCCGGCGGGCAGCCCCUGCCCUUCUGGUGCAGCCACGUGGCUCGGCUGGUGCGCAGUAUGUCCCUGCUGCUGAAGGGAGUAAACGGGCUGGUGCAGGCCGAGGAGGGGCCAGCAGCUGGGCCCCUGCAGGAGGCUUCUGCUGAGGCACCAGCCAGCCCCUUGCAGAGCGAGGCGCAGCGCGAGAUCCAGGAGUGUGGGGUGUCCGUGCGGACGCUACGUGGCAACUUCGAGUCGGCCCCCGGCCUGCCCUGCGCCCCAAACGCGGGGCCCUGUGAGGUGGGGACCCAGCCCGGCCAGUGCCCGAGAGGCUGCUGGCUGGCCUCCCCGCAGCCCCGUGGUGACCGGAUGGGCGGGGAGCCUGGGCCGGGCGACACAGAGGAGGCCAGUGACUCAGGCAUCAGCUGUGAGGAGGUGCCAUCGGAGGCGGGUGCCGGGCACGGCCCCGACCUGGCCAACCUGCGCAAGGAGCGUAUCGUCAUGCUGUUCCUCAGCCACUGGAAGAAGUCAGCCUACACGCCCGCCCUCAAGACAGCCGCCUGCAGGACCUUGGAGGCCCGGCGCGCCGGGCCCAGGGGGCAGGAGGCGGCCAGGGGUGCGAGGCCAGCCUCCCCGCCGCCCUGCGAGGGCCCCCGGCUUGGCCACCUGUGGCAACAAAGGAACAUCAUCACCCACCUGCUGGGCCACUGGAAGGCCAUCAUGGCCCACGUGCCUGCCCGGCAGCUGCGGCGACUUAGCCGGCGUCCCCGCGGCCUCCUGUCCCCCGAGCAGUUCCUGCCCCACGUGGAUGGGGCGCCCGUGCCCUAUGGCAGCCUUACGCUAGACCUCUUCAUGCUGGGCUACUUCCAGCUCCUGGAGUGCGAGCUGCCCGCUGAGGAGCGCAAGGUGCGCCACCUGCUGUGCUUCGAGGUCUUCGAGCACCUGGGCACCCACGGCUGGGAGGCUGCGCGGGCUUUCCACAAGGCCGUGACCGACGAGGUGGCCGCUGGCCGCCGUGCCUGGACCGACGGCUUCGAGGACAUCAAAGCCCGCUUCUUCAGCUCCGGCCGCGGUCCCGCCUGGGACACGGAGACGGGCCGCAAGUCAGGCCUGACCCCGCUUGGGCCCCUGCCCCACGCCACUGCCCCCAGCGGUGGCCCCGAGCCCGCAGCACAGCCGCAGCAGCUGGGGCCCGGCUCCCAGUGGGGCAGCUUCAAUGGCGAGGACAUCUGUGGCUACAUAGACCGGAGCUUCGCCUUCUGGAAGGAGAAAGAAGCCGAGAUGUUCAGCUUUGGAGACUGAGACGGCUGGCAGCCUGCCUUCCAGAAGGGGGUUGGGGGUGGUUGGGGUUUUCUCUCCUCUUUGUCCUUUUCACCCACCUGGUGGCCAGGUGAGCCCGGAGGCCAGGCCAGCAGACCCUCCCAUGCUAGCUGUGUCCUCCAGCUCUGCCCCUGACACAGUUUCCUCCUCAGCUCUCCACUCAGCAUCAGAACCCUUCUCACCACCAAACCCAAGAAGCCUCUCAGUCUCAUUCGGCCCUGAUGUUUACCACUUGCCGUCCCAGCCCCAGGUCCCUCUGCCUGGCUGUCCCCUGGGCAUCUGGGAUGCCUGCCAGCCUGUGUUUCCCGUGGGCCCUGCUUCCAGAGCCUAGGUGUCCUGUCCCUCGGUUUCUCCGGUGCUGGUGGUCCCAGCCUGUCCAGAGCCUCCAUCUGCCCCCCACUGGUCCUGCCUCAGUUUCUUCUGGUGACCUUGGGCCAUGCCCUUCACCUCCCAGGGCUCUUUUUCCCCAUUUGUGAAAUGGGAGAGGAGCUGGGAGAAAACGGGAUUCAACAGGCAAGAGGCCUUCCCAUCAGACUGGACUGCCCUCCCGAAUUCUCCGGCCGGGGAGAUGGGCACACGGAUGGGGACAAGCAGCGACCCACUGACAGACGUGUUCUGCUGUCACGCCGUGAGAGUGCCCCCAAGGCGUUCCAGGGGAUCUGGUCCCCAAAGAGAAGGCUCCCUGUGGGGGGUCAGCUGAGCAGCCCCCUUGCAGGCCACACAGCGGAGGCCACAGCAGGGCCCCUCCCACAGGCUUAUGGCAUCAGGGGCAUCGGUGAGAGAGGCCAUGGCUGAAAGGGGACUCUGAGCGGAGGGGGCCACCACCUGCCCUCAAAAGUGAGCUGCCAGACCCAGAGGAGAACGUGUAGCAAGGAUGGGAGUACACGAAGCCAGACCAUGAGGGACGGCCACUUCCUGUGGUUGCCUGGAUGUCACCCACCACUUUCUCCAUGAGGGACUGAGGACAGGGCAUGGAUACUCCCUUAGAGCCUCCAGCGCUGCACAGUGUCUCGUGGACAGUUUCGGGGGACGGAGUCCCGAACGGCGGGCCGUGGCAUCUGGCUUGUCCCAGCCGCCACAGCAGCCAGGAGGAUUGGCCCCACCCAGGCUGUGGGGCUGAGAAGGGUGGGCCCAGAGUCCAGGGGCUGCGGGGGCAGGUGUCCUGCAGCUGUGUGAUGGCCCCAACAGGCAGUGUGUGGGGAAGAAACUUCAGGAAUCUUCUGGCCACUGCCUCCCUGCAGCCAGGCCUCUUGGGACAGGCGUGGCCCCACCCACCUGCAGAGCUUGGAAGUUGGCAGGCACAUUGUUUGUUGACUGGCACACAGAGUCCUCCCAGCCAACCAACUGGGGUCCCACAGGGAGGAACACUCGGGGAGAUACAAAGCUGGGGGUGUCAGCUGGCGGGGACUGCCAGAGCUGGGAAGGGAGGAUAAGAGUUUGCUAAAUAAAGACCUAUUCCUGGCUGCCUUCACACUUGUGCUCGUUGUCCCCGGGGAGAACUGCCUGUGCCCAGAGAGGGUCCCAGCUCUGGAUGGGCACCAAGGCCCAAGUCCUCAGCUCCACUGAGACACCAGAGCCCCACGGAGCCUCCACUUCCUCAUCUGUAAAAUGGGUGCCAUGCUGGCCUGCCCACACCGAGUGUCAGGGUGAGGGUGGACUGAAGUCCCACAUGGAGGGGUCUCUGUCCUGGGACCACAGUGACACUCGCCCACCUGCGAUCUGUAUUGAAGGAGCAGAUUCCAAUGAGCAGGGUGCCGACCCUGGGCUCCUGCAAGCAUCUCAGCACUGUUGGGGAGGCCCCAGCUCUUGG